GGUUGACAUCCCCAACUCUUUUCUCUUUGUGGGCAAGUUAAAUCAUACAACCCUGAAAGAAUGAAACAGCUCUCUAGAACUCUCAUGGAGAUCCAAGUGCUACCGAAAAUGUUGCCUUUAAUUUCACUAACUAUAAUAAUUUGAUUCAAUACCUUUGGUUCCUGUCUUUAUGAUGGAUUUAUUCGAAUGAAUAGCGAAUAUUUGUGGAAAAAUACCAUCUUUAUUCAACUAUUGCAGCCUAAAUUCAUCAUCAAAGAACCUCAGAAAGCCAGAAUAAAAAUAAACAGGAAAGAGAAAGAAUAAGACAUGGGAUUUGAGACUUUAUUAUGGGAGAAUUAUCUAUUAGGCCAGUCUGAGUCAAGCCACACUUGGAUGGUUUAGAAAUGAUAAUUUAAACUGCAGACUGAUUAAGAAAGUGUCUUGGGAGCACAUGCCCAACAAAGUUCACAGAUGGUGUAUUUGGUUAUGUUACUUUUAUUUUUUUCACACCUGAUAUCUUGAGAGAACAGAGUAUUAUGAUCCAGCAGAGAGAUAUGGGGCAAGCAUUAAAAGACAACCGGAGCAAAAGUGAAUCUUGGUCUUGUUUCACUAGAGCUUGACAAUAACUUCUUACUUCGAAGAGAACAUAAAUCUUUUAAAAUCUUAUAUAACUGAAUGAGACGGGAAGCUUAGAGUAUACCUUCCUCUUUCACUUUUUAACAGUCUCCUUUUCCUUUAAAGAUGAACAAUGGUGCAGAAUACAGUAACAUUUCAUGCAGGAUUAUCUAUUACAAGUUGCAGGCAUUCUGAUUCUCAAGAUUUCUGAUUAAUCAACUAGGGCUAGUCUUGAAACUUACCUAAAGUUACAAAUUUUCUGGCUUUGUUGCAACAUUUCCUGUUGGUAAAUGGAGUCAAAAGUAACCAAGCCACUCUGAAGUAGAAUAUUCUUGUAGGAGAAAGUUACCCCUUGUGAAUGGUUGAUAGUGGAAUUUAAGCAUAUUGGUAAGCUUAAAUUACCAGCAUAGAAUGUGUGCAGUACUGCAACAUGAGGUAGAGUCGUCCUCCAUGGGCAAUUGGACCAAAAUGAUUCUCCCAAUCCUUGCACUUAUUUUCUCUACUGUUACUUUUUGUUUUGUUCCACAUAAGCACUUGAUUUCAUCAUGUAUUGCUUUUACCAGAGGCUCGGGUAAAUCCGUUGCUGGUGCACAAUUUUGCUCAGUUUGGUUUCUCGACUUCCUCGAGCAAUCAAGUGAUCAUGAAUUAGUACUUGCUAUUAACUACUGGAGACUCUGGAGUUCCUCGCUCUGCACUAUAAUUAUUGUAUGGGUUAUUAUAGAUCUGCAUGUUCUGAUGAAUCUUCUGUUGGAGUUGUGAUGAUUGGAGCUAUGCUACAUUAUAUGGAUUGUGUUCUUGCUGAUUUCAAUUGGUCUACAGCAGUAUACGAGAGAGCAACAGUAUCUUGCAGUGUUUGGUUUGAUCGGGUGACUAAGCGUGUCUGUCAAGUUGUAGAAUGAUUGCACUAAAUAUGUUUCUUGUGCAGGUGUGUUAAGUUUUGUUGCCAGCUUCAUGCAUUCCAGCUGUCAUUAAAAAACUCUGCAUCUGAUGGAGGAAACAUUGGUCAAACAUUCCACAUCUCUUGAACUUGAUGGGCUGGAAACAAUUGAAAAUAAUAAACACAUGGAAACAGGUAGUGCUGACGCAUGUCCUCGGCAGUCCAGUGGAGGAUGUAUUCUCAAUGAAGAGGCAAGACUUAAUUUAGACAACAACGUGAUUGAAAAAGGAGUUAUGGAAUAUGGAUGUUCGCAUUAUCGGCGGAGGAGUCGCAUCAGAGCACCAUGCUGCAAUGAGAUUUUUGAUUGUCGCCAUUGUCACAAUGAGGCAAAGAAUAAUAUUAAUGUUGAAAGGACUCACAGACAUGACCUCCCUCGACAUCAACUAAGACAGGUCAUUUGUUCACUCUGUAGCACUGAACAAGAGGUCCAGCAAUUUUGUAUCAAUUGCGGUGUUUGCAUGGGGAAAUACUUCUGUGAGAUUUGCAGGUUGUUCGAUGAUGAUACAUCAAAGAAACAGUUUCACUGCAGUGGUUGUGGGAUUUGCAGAAUUGGUGGGCGUGAAAAUUUCUUCCACUGCUAUAAAUGCGGUUGCUGUUACUCAAUUCUUCUAAAGAACAGUCACCCAUGUGUGGAAGGAGCGAUGCAUCAUGACUGUCCUGUUUGUUUCGAGUAUCUAUUUGACUCCAGAAAUGAUGUAAUUGCCUUACCUUGUGGACAUACUAUUCAUGAAGGCUGCUUUAAGGAAAUGCAGCAGCAGUUGCAAUAUGCUUGCCCUCUCUGCUCCAAGUCGGUAUGUGAUAUGUCCAAAGUAUGGGAAAAGCUUGACAUGGAGAUUAGAGCUACACCUAUGCCUGAAUCUUACAACAACAAAAUGGUUUGGAUCCUGUGCAAUGACUGUGGAGCUACUACACAAGUGCAGUUCCAUGUUGUGGCUCAGAAAUGCCUUAAUUGCAAGUCGUACAACACUCGACAGACUAGAGGAACCACAGCAGCAACAUCCUCAUUGCAGUGAUAACAGACUCAUGAUCAAGCAGAGUGCAUUUGGAUUUAGGUUCAUUCUUAUUCUGUUGAUGAGAGCCCACUCUCUAGUUGUCUAUUGAAUGAACAUCCAUGGUGGGAAAGGGAACAGAGAAACUGCAACCCAUCAUACUACUCCGGUUCAAUUGUAUAGCCUUCUUUUUUCUCUUGUAUUUUAUCCUCCAUUGGGAAUGUAGAAGCUGCCAUCGUGCCUCUGGUGGUUCAAAUGGUCUGUUCUUUCAAUUCUUUAGCAUUUUAAUUUUCAAAACCAGACCCUUGAAUUUCUGAA